AUAUAACACUAUGGCAUUUAGCCGUUUGCGCACGAGUCACCACCUUGCCCCCACGCAGGUACAGGCAUCCAGACGACGAUGAUAAUUGGUUGCGUCUCGGUCGUCUUCAUUCUUCUUCUUCAAAUUCUUGUGUUCCAUCCUCCUCCUGUUAAGCCCUUUCCUUCUGACUCCAAUGCUUCAUCCAUUUUGCAGGACGUUUUAAAGGUUAUUUCGGCCAAACAGAAAUGGGAUUUCGACGGUGUUAGAGUUUCCAAGUUCGAUGUUGGCAAGGUUCGAUUCAGCGCCUCCAUCAAAUAUGAGUUUCGAAUCGGGUUGGGCAGGAAUCAUUUGCUCCUCAGAUCUUCGGACCAAGUUGGGUCUUGGAACAAGUUUAGAAAGUCCAAAUCCGACCUAGGGUCUCUGAUUCGUCAAGUUAGCUCACUUGCUGUGCUUGAUACCUUCAAAUUGGAGGGUCCAUUUGAGUUAGGGGUCGAUGGACAUCACCAACUGACUCUGUCCCUGCCGAUGAACAUCUCGUAUAGUGGUUUGAAACACAUCCUUGUUGGUGAAGGCAUCACAUUAGAAGUGAAAGGAGCGCAAGAAGUCUCCCUUUUUCAUUCAUCAGAUAUUGAUCAGCAGACAAAUGGAAGCGCUGUGUUUAGCAAGGGGAAGAUUGGUUUUGGGCCCUUUAUGCAAUCAAUGUGCAUGCCUUUAAUUCCUAUCCGCAUAUUGGGCUCUGCAUCAUUAGUUGCCUACAGAGCACGGAAUCCUGAUGUGUACAUAGAAAAUACAUAUAUUUCGGGGGACACAAUUGAGCUGCUCCCAGAAAAAUGUUACCGUGGUCUUGUGCACAGAAAGCGAGCAUGCCCAAUUAAUUCCUUUAGUUUGAGAUUAAGCAUGUUGGAAAAAAUUUUUAGGAGCCUUCUGGGUCGUAGGAUCCUUCAAAAUCAGGUUUCUCGUUUGGUCAAAGCUAAUGUUAAAGCAUCAUCUAAUGUUAGAUUCUCCAUAGAGUUGGAAAGGGUAGUUGGGAGCAAUAUCACUGUCAAUGGUACACUGCCCAAGUGGAGAACAAGGCCCAGUGUAGAAAGAGAUUGGUUUCAGGUAUGGGCCAGAGUUGAGGGCGACAGGCUAAAGCCUCUCAUGGUCAAGAAAUCAAAGCCUUUUAUCGAAUCAGAUUCAGUUUCGUGGGGUAAUUUGAUGUCCAACAUGUCCUUUACAAAGUUGCGAUCUGUGCUUGUUCCUCCAGAGGCUCUUACAUUGGAUGUUAAAUGGUAGUGCAUGCUCUUGUAAACUGUUAACAUAGUUUUUUUGCCCCCGUUAAUGGGCUAAGUUUCUAAAUUUUCUUAUUAAUUCCUUGUUAUAUAAUAGGUUUUGACACCUGUAAAGGAAGGCUCAUAUUAUCUUUGUAAAUACCCAAGGCAAAAAGGAGGGGAACAUUUAGCUUUUCUUUUGGUUGCCCUUGUUUGUUGGCUUCUGGUUUUGAUUUGGAUGAUUGAAGCCAAAUUCUUUGGCACUGUUGUUACUUCUCAACUAUCCUCUUUAAAUAAAUCCUAAUUCUUAAUGGUUGCACAAUACACUAAA